AUGGCCUCUUCUUCGUCCUCUGCACUUCUCUUCCUCAUCCUCGCCGUAGUUUACUCCGCCACGGGGGCGCUCGCGGCCACAUUCCAGGUAGGGGACAACCAGAUGUGGAGCAUCCCUUCCAGUUCUAGCUACUACACUGACUGGGCCAACGGGCAGACAUUCGCUGUCGGCGAUUCUCUUGGUAAGCAGCAUCUUCAAUCGCUCCUUCCUUCCCUUCAGCAUGGGCUCUGCACCUUGUACCCGGGAAACGGAGUAUUCACUUCCAUCGUCUCGAUUUCUGAUCGUUCCUCCCGGACUAGUCUAAUUUAAACUCCCUGAUCCUGCCCUUGUUCAGUUUUCAACUUUAACACCGGUGCCCACGACGUGCUCGAGGUGACGAGGGCGAACUACGACGCCUGCACUACGUCCAACCCCAUCAUGACGCACAACACCGGCCCGGCCACCGUGGAACUCACCGCGGCGGGCACCAGAUAUUUCAUCUGCGGCGUCAAUGGUCACUGUAGUGCAGGGCAGAAGAUGGCUCUCACAGUGGCAGCGGCCUCCACCCCUUCGGGCACCCCGCCACCCCCGCCCUCCUCCGGAGCACCAACACCUCCCACAACUGUUGCCACUCCCGGACCUUCUGGUUCGACGCCCGGAGCGCGCAGCGCGGCGCCGUCUGCCAGCCUCGGAACAGCCGCGGUCGCUGCCACCUUUGCGUUGACAACAAUCGCAGCCGCUCUAAUGUUGUAG